GCGGCGCCUGCGCACUCGCACGUCCAGCCUGGGCCGCCGGCCCGGCGCGGGCGCCAUGAAGCUGCUGCGGCGCGCGUGGCGGCGGCGGGCGGCGCUGGGCCUGGGCGCGCUGGCGCUGUGCGGGGCGGUGCUGCUCUACCUGGCGCGCUGCGCGGCCGAGCCCGGGGGCCCCAGGGCGGUGUCGGGCCGCAGCCCCCCUCCCCCCGCGCCCGCGCGCGCCGCCGCCUUCCUGGCUGUGCUGGUGGCCAGCGCGCCCCGCGCCGCCGAGCGCCGCAGCGUGAUCCGCAGCACGUGGCUUGCGCGGCGCGGGGCCCCGGGCGACGUGUGGGCGCGCUUCGCCGUGGGCACGGCCGGCCUGGGCGCCGAGGAGCAGCGCGCCCUGGAGCGGGAGCAGGCGCGGCACGGUGACCUGCUGCUGCUGCCCGCGCUGCGCGACGCCUACGAAAACCUCACGGCCAAGGUGCUGGCCAUGCUGGCCUGGCUGGAUGAGCACGUGGCCUUCGAGUUCGUGCUCAAGGCGGACGACGACUCCUUCGCGCGGCUGGACGCGCUGCUGGCGGAGCUGCGCGCCCGCGACCCCGCGCGCCGCCGCCGCCUCUACUGGGGCUUCUUCUCGGGCCGCGGCCGCGUCAAGCCGGGGGGGCGGUGGCGCGAGGCCGCCUGGCAACUCUGCGACUACUACCUGCCCUACGCGCUGGGCGGCGGCUACGUGCUCUCGGCCGACCUGGUGCACUACCUGCGCCUCAGCCGCGACUACCUGCGCGCCUGGCACAGCGAGGACGUGUCUCUGGGCGCCUGGCUGGCGCCGGUGGACGUGCAGCGGGAGCACGACCCGCGCUUCGACACCGAGUACCGGUCCCGCGGCUGCAGCAACCAGUACCUGGUGACGCACAAGCAGAGCCUGGAGGACAUGCUGGAGAAGCAUGCGACGCUGGCGCGCGAGGGCCGCCUGUGCAAGCGCGAGGUGCAGCUGCGCCUGUCCUACGUGUAUGACUGGUCCGCGCCACCCUCGCAGUGCUGCCAGAGAAGGGAGGGCAUCCCCUGAGCCGCCGCGGCCCAGCCCUCCGGGGCACCCGCUUCACCCGGCGGCGCCUUGGGGCAGGUGCCAAGCGGGCGCACCACGCCCGGGCCCCAAGGCCCCCGGUCCCGCGGCCACGCCUGUGGUCGCUGCGUCCCGGCCUGCGUUUGGGAGACCCCUGGGGGUUGCCGGGGCAGCGCGCCGUGUCCAGGUAGAGGUGCCCGUUCCUGGACCUCAGCGAGCCUGACCCGGGCCCAGCCGCACGCUGACCCCCAUGCUGUCCCCAACCGGCUCACGGGGCUGGGCUCCGAUCUAACGUGUCUGUUAUCAGUGGUGUUUCUCAUGUAUGCGUCUCAGAUCUAAAGUGGUUUCACAUCAGUCCGCUUUCAUGGGAUUUUGGUCUCUGUCCAGUGACUUCGUGGUAAAUGUAACUCAGUGUUUGCUUGUGACUUAUUUAUAAAUAUUGUAAGUUUGUGUC